AUGUCCAUCUCCUGGCACAGACAACUUACAUCCAGCGCAGAGGUCAUUACCAGCAUUGUCCCCUCGGGCACCUUCCAAGCCCUAGUUAGCACCAAGGCUCCUUUCUCCGGCUUCAUUCCUUCGGAGCUCGAAACUCUCGAUCACGUCACCGCUGGAUGGUUGUUGACAAACCCCAUUCUCAAUCCGACCUCGCUCCUUGCACGAGUCUUUGCCAUUCCAAGUCUCGAACUGCUGUUCAACCUUCCCGCCAGAAUGUUGUCCCAAGACAUUUUUGCAGAUCCCAUCUCUACGGAGCCACCACCGUCACAGAUCCCCCGGCGCCACGACCAUCCGGUACCACGGCUUGGCGUCUCUUCCUCGUCAGGACCGAUCCAAACCAACAAGUUCUACGGCAACUUUUACCUCGGCCGCCAGACAUCUCCGACCUACCUGCACCCUUACUCCGUUGCUUGGCCCCGAGGUAGCGGCGUCGCGGGCAGCUGGGGGUUGGCCAUCUCCCAUGUCGAGGCACGACAACGAGUGUUUGGGCCUACCAAGCCACAGACAGGCGGAGCAGCCUACUUUAUCAAUCCUAUUGGGAUUCACUCGGUUUGUAUCUCGGCACAGGAGCUAGGCCCAGACACGAUGUUGACCACAGAGCACCCGACUGACAUGUCCGUACGGGUCAGCUUGCGUCCUAACGUACAUGCUGUGCCGGCGGUCCAGUUCCCCUUGGUUCAAGGCUCGGCCUUCAUCACAGCUAUCUUCACCGGUGAUCGGCCGCUCAUUCAGACCGGCGUCUUCUUCCGAGCCGUCACGCGAGCCACGCAUGGCCCCAAGCCUAACGUAACUAAGUACAAGCUGCAUCUUGAGGAUGGCGCCAUCUGGCUCCUCUACGCCCAUCACAUCGGGGGCCCAGCUCUGGACCUUCGUGUCCUAAACAACGGCCUCGCACAAGCCACAGCCCCAUUUCACGGCACGAUCCAGGUCGCUAAACUGCCGAUGGACGGCGACCAGCGGGAAGCUGAAGCCAUCUACGACAUGUCUGUGGGCGCAUAUGCAACGGGCGUCACCAUCUCGGGGACAGCGCGCGGUAUUUGCGGUACCUAUACCUUCAUCUUUCACAAAUCCGGCAUCCACAGCUCCCCCCUCAUCAUGUUUGCGCUACCGCAUCAUGUCGAGUCGUUUGACUUUGCGACAAGUGCUAGGCUCACGGGCCUACGGUUACAGACCACGACCAAGGGGGUCGCAACUGUAGUCGUGGCGGAUUCAUGGACUAUGGUUGAGCCCGAGAUGCCGGUGGAAAUGGGGUUUUUGCCGUGGUCGCCAACCUUGAAACGAAGCGUGGGCCAGCUGUCCCCUGCGAGGAGGGAGUUUAUCCGGAGUAUCGCGCAUGCUGAGGUCAGCCAGGAUAUGGAUAGGCAGACGAAUCUGGACUCCAUGUAUUUCAGUGGGAAGGCUCUGGCAAAGUUCGCGGGGAUCUUGCUCGCUACCCAUGAUAUUUUAGAAGACCGGGAACUGGCAUAUUCGGGUCUUGGAAGACUCAAGGCGGCUUUUGCACGCUUUGUAGAAAAUCGUCAGCAGUUUCCCUUGGUGUACGAAAGCGCCUGGGGCGGCGUGGUGUCUUCAGCAACCUAUGUGACUGGCAAUACAGGCGCUGACUUUGGCAACACCUUGUAUAAUGACCAUCACUUUCACUGGGGGUACUUUAUCUAUACAGCAGCUGUGAUUGCCCAUCUAGAUCCAACAUGGCUGUGCGACAACAAAGCCUGGGCGCAUGGGCUGUUUGACUCGCUUGAUGGCAAAGACCAAGAGUCGAGCUCAGAAGACACCAUGCACGCAUACGCGCUGAAAAUGUGGGGGGCUGUCACUGGCAACAGAAAUCUCGAAGCUCGUGGGAAUCUUAUGCUCUCUGUCCUAGCUCGCUCUCUCCGCUCUUACUAUCUAUACACCUCCGGCAACAAUAUCCAGCCACAGAUGUUCACACUCAACAAAGUAGCUGGCAUUCUAUUUGAGAACAAGAUUGACCAUACUACUUACUUUGGCACCAACAUUGAGUACAUCCAGGGCAUCCACAUGCUGCCCCUGCUGCCACACACACCUCUGAUUCGCACACCAAAGUUUGUGAGAGAAGAGUGGGAAACGUACUUUAGUGGAGGACGCAUUGACGCUGUUCAGGGUGGUUGGAGGGGAAUCCUAAUGGGAAAUUACGCCACUGUUGACCCCAGGGGCGCUUACAACUUCUUUGCUCAGGAGAGGUUUGAUCCUGCCUGGCUGGAUGGAGGGGCGAGUAGGACGUGGUAUUUGUGUUAUGCUGCCGCCUUGGGAGGGAUGUGA